AUGUCAGAAUUGAUCCAAGAGUCUGUGGUCGAUGGGCACACCGGUGAACUGAAAAUCAUCACGUACUACUCCAAAAAAAUGAUUGGCCAUGGGUCAUUUGGGGUGGUGUUCCAAACUCGAAUUAAAGAAACCGAAGAAGUCUGUGCCAUCAAGAGAGUGUUGCAAGAUAAGCGCUUCAAGAACCGUGAGCUCCAGAUAAUGAAUGCCGUCCACCAUCGUAACGUUGUGGAUUUGAAGUACUACUUCUAUCAAAACACCGACAACAACGAACUUUAUUUGAACUUGAUUCUUGAAUACGUCCCCGAAACCAUUUACAAGGCCUCCCACUAUUAUCUCCAAAGGAAAACCCAUAUGCCAAUAUUCGAAAUCAAAUUGUACAUGUACCAGUUGUUGAGAGCCCUAAAUUACAUCCAUUUGCUGAAUAUUUGUCACCGGGACAUCAAACCCCAAAAUUUGCUCUUGAACCCAGCCACUGGGGUCCUCAAGCUUUGUGAUUUUGGAUCAGCGAAGAUAUUGAAUCCUUCUGAGGCCAACGUGAGUUAUAUAUGCUCGAGAUAUUACCGGGCUCCUGAAUUGAUUUUUGCCGCGACAAACUACACCACCAAGAUCGAUAUAUGGUCGGUGGGAUGCGUGAUGGCAGAGUUGGUUAUUGGCCGGCCGUUAUUUCCUGGAGACAGUGGGAUCGAUCAAUUAGUGGAAAUCAUCAAGAUUUUGGGCACCCCAACUAAACAAGAGAUCAAGUCCAUGAACCCUGACUACAUGGAGCAGAAGUUCCCGCAAAUCAAACCGACGCCAUUGACCAAAGUGCUUGGCAAAUCAGCGUCGUUUCUGUACGUUGAUUCAUUGGCAAACAACCGGGAGCUUGCCAUUGGGUUGUUGACGAAGUUUUUGAAUUAUAGUCCGGUGAUUAGAGUCGGGGCCAUCGAUGCAAUGUGCGAUCCGUUCUUUGACGAGCUUAGACAAUUCAAUGUGAAAUUGCCUGAUUUUAGAGAUUAUAUUUCCAAUCACCUGGAGCUGGACACAGUACAAUAUAAACCAAUGCCAGAGUUGUUUGAUUUUGACGAGUCAGAAAUUAUGAUGAGACCGGAGUUGAGAAAUGUGUUGAUUCCAAGUUGGAAAUCUUAG